AUGGACACAGAAAAUAAGAGCAGAGCAGAUCUUGCUCUCCCAAACCCACAAGAAUCCCCCAGUGCGCCUGACAUUGAGCUCUUGGAAGCAUCUCCUCCUGCUAAAGCUCUGCCAGAGAAGCCAGCGACACCCCCACCACAGCAGACAUGGCAGACAGUUUUGAAGAGAGAUUUGGAGUUCCUGGGGGCAACACAAAUUCUGGUUGGCUUGAUAUGCCUUUGUUUUGGAACAAUUGUCUACUCUGCACUCCAUAUUUCAGACUUUGAUGAAGAAGUACUUUUAUCGUAUAGAGCGGGCUAUCCAUUCUGGGGAGCAGUGCUGUUUGUUUUGUCCGGAUUUUUGUCAAUUAUGUCUGAAAGGAAAAGCACACUGUAUCUGGUGAGAGGAAGCCUGGGAGCCAACGUUGUCAGCAGUAUCACUGCAGGAAUAGGGAUUGUUAUACUGAUCCUCAAUCUGAGCCACAGUUCCGCUUAUAUGAACUACUGUAAGGACCUAAGCGAGGACGAUGGCUGCUUCGUGGCGUCUUUUGUCACAGAAAUGGUGCUGAUGAUGCUGUUCCUCACCAUCUUGGCCUUUUGCAGUGCUGUGCUGUUCACUACCCAUAGGCUUGGAGAAGAACUCAAAAAUAAUAAGGUCACAGACGAUCGUCUUUAUGAAGAACUAAAUGUUUAUUCACCAAUUUACAGUGAGUUGGAAGACAAAGGGGAAACACCUUCUCCUAUUGGUUCAUAAGCACCAGGGGACCAGAACAAUCUGCUUCAUGGUAGACUCCUGAAAGCCAGCCUUUAAAUGCCUUUACAAAAUUAUGGCAAAAUUGGUUUGCUCCACAUUCUGCCGGUUUUACAAUUAGACUGUUCUCUGAAGCCAACGUUUUAGUUACGCUGUUUCUGAUCUUCUAAACAUCCCCCUUUUCAGGAUAUCAUCCACUCCAAUUUCCUUCUUUUGUGUCAUAGUCUCACAAACAUUCGUUCUGGAUAGUCAUCAAGGAAUAAGUUAGCUCUUAUUGUAUGUCCACAACCAUGAACAAAAGGAAAACAAGGAGGAAAUAGG